CGGCGGCGGUACGUUUAAGUGCUCCGACACCGCAAACCGUAUAUGGUCGUCUAGUCGUCGGUUAGUACAACCGCCCCGAACGCUCAGCGACGACGGCACAAUCGCGCGCGCACCGUCGUCGUACGCAUCGCACGCACACGUUCACGUACGCACCACGUCCGCACGAAUAUUAUCACUAUCACCGUUCUGGCGGUCGGACGCACGCACGCACGCGAAGCGAUUUGAACGCGCGCAGGGACCGCGGUGUGAACACCAGCGACACAUCGUCCACACGCAACCGGGUCGGAUCGCGACACCAACGGAACCGAUCCCUUUCUCACCGGAUCCACGGUUUGACGUCUGCGAAACCAUUUUCCGGCGGAUUUUUUUUUUUGGGCUCCGCACCCGUUAUCCCACAGUUCUUCCCGUGGGUCCCUUGCGUCUGCGACGGACCGCGUUCGCGAACCACGGACGUUUGCCGACGCGUUCGAUUACCACCGCUGUCGCACACCAUGUCCGAGUCGCCGCGCAUCGACGUGACCGGCAACGACGACGACGACGAGUGCUGCAACGAUCGCGGCCACCUGGCCACCGGUAACGGCGGUACCGCGGCCACGGGCGCCACGGCCACGGCCAAUGGAGGCGGCCGCGAAUCGCCGGCCGUCAAGUCGGCCGCGCCGCCGUACACGUCGUUCUCCAUUUCGAGCAUACUCAGCAAGGACAAGCCUGGCACAGGUGCCGGCAAACAUCAUCACAAGAACGUUGCUGCAGCCGUGUCGCCGGCCACCGCGGCCGCAGCCGCCGCGGCCGCAGCGACUUUCGACGUCACCGCGCAUCUCGCCGCGGCCGCCGACCACGCCAUGUUAUCCAGGUUGGGCCUGAUGAGCCAUUUCGGAGCACUGGCCGCAGCGGCAUCGGGUCGCAGUCCUUUCAUGCUGUACCCGGGCGUGGGGAUAGCCGGCACCACGGCGAACGCACUGGACAAGCACUGGUAUUCCGCGUGGUCGCAGCCUUUGUCAGCCUCCAUCAGUCCGACCGGUGGUUCGAGUUCGGCUAACGAAGAGAACAGCCGUCCUAGCACGCCGCACAGCGUGGGCGUCAACACCGGUGGCACGUCUUCGGUGGCCGGCCACAGCCCAGACGGAUGGUCGACCGGAGAGGACGGUGGCGGUGGCGGUGGGGGCGGUGGUGGUGGUGGUGGCGGUGGUCUAGGAUCGCCCGGCCACCAGCAGCAGCGCCGGUUCAUGGGAAACUGCGUGGGCGGCGGUGGUGGUCGUUACAUUGACCAGUCGGUGAACGUGACCGCGUCGAUGGACGACGACGACGACAUUGUGGACGACGGGCAGGACGACGAGGACGGCAAGAAGGAUCACAGCGGGUGCGGCGGCGGUAACAGUGGUGGCGGCGGAGGCGCAGGCGGCAAGCGGAAGAAGAAGACGCGCACCGUAUUCUCCCGGAGCCAAGUGUUUCAGCUGGAGUCCACAUUCGACAUCAAACGGUACCUGUCCAGCUCGGAGCGGGCCGGGCUGGCCGCGUCGCUGCACCUGACCGAGACCCAGGUGAAGAUCUGGUUCCAGAACAGGCGGAACAAGUGGAAGCGCCAGGUGGCGGCCGAGAUCGAGGCGGCCAACAUGGCUCACGCGGCCCAGCGGCUGGUGCGCGUGCCCAUCUUGUACCACGAGUCCAGCCAGCAGUCGGCCGGCCACCAUCAUCACCACGGUGGCAUAGCCACAUCGGUGGCCGCGGUCGUGGGAGCCGGCGUUGGUGGUGGUGGGGGUGGAGGUGGCGGUGGUAGUGGUGGCGGCGGCGGCGGAGGGGGUUGCGGUACGCUGACGCCGCCGCACACGUCCGCGUCCACGCAGGCGUCCGCGUACCCGCCGCAACAGUCGCAGCAACCGCCACCGCCGUCGCUGUUCUACCACCAUCAUCAGCCGCCGCCGCAGCACCAUCACGCGACCAGCACGUCCACCAUCACGCACACCAUGUCCACCAGCCCCGCGGUGUCCAGGGCUCCACUGCCCGGACUCGUCUAACACCGUUCAGCCGGCCAUGCCAUUGAAUCGAUUCCACCGAGAAGUCGUCUUAGCCGCUCGCGAGUAUUUCGAGAGGAGUACAGGACGGAUGCAGGAACAGCGAACCUCUUCACUGUCGGCCACUCGAACUAUCGAGGUGUCUUAUUUACCGUAUUUACCGGUUUUUCUUUUUUUUAUUUUCCCAUUAAAACAUUUUGCAUAUUAUUACUAUGCGCGUUUACGUUUAUAACACUUCGUAAUAGACAAACAAUAUGUUUAUGAAUUGUAAUCCAUUCCGGAGAAGGCCAUUUUUGAUCGUCUCUAUGGACAAUAUUAUACAACCCUCCGCGAAGUCUUGUAAUUAUUAUCAUUAUUAUAAAAAUAGUUUUUUUAUUUUUCAUUAAUUAUUGUAAAUAUAUGGGUGUGUACAAUAAUUUAUCAUCGUUGGUUACAAAUAUACGUGCAACGAAAUCUGUUCAGAAUCAUAACACUAUUUAUCCUAUUAUAACUAUAACGUCGUAAGUACAAUAAAUGUAUAUAAAUUAAUUUCAGCUGUUCAUAUAUACAUACAUAUGUGUAUAAAUAGGACGUAGAGAUGAUUCGUUUAAUAGACUAAAGGAUAUCGCGUGUAGAUAACAUAUUGUUAUGCUGUACCGAGUAAGCGAAAAAAAAAAUUAAUAAUUGUGUUCGGCACCGUUCGCAAUGCGGAAUUCGUGUAUCGUUUUUUAACGCAUAUGCGUCUCGUAAUGUAAGUGGCGUUUAUUUUUCCAGUUACCAUGUACAAUACUAUUAUUAUAUUAUUAUGGCUGUAUAGUUUGACCGUUAUAGUUUUUCUUUUAUUUUAUUGUUAAACUUU